GUCGGACAUUGUAAGAAAAUCUUGAGUCGAAUCGAGUCACAUUUCUUCAACUUCUUCUCUUUCACUUUGCUCCAGGUUACAAUUCAAAAUGGACACGAUCCUGCCCCUACCAUUCCUGCCCAGUGUCGACUUGGCCAGUCCUCCUACUGCAGACUCUCCAGGCUUUACGAGAAAACAAUUAUCUUAUCUAGGAUGCGUCCACUUCGUAGCUACCGACUCGAAUAUCGACCAAUUGAUGAUCUUCUUGCAGAGACAUGUGUCAAUUGAGGCAUACGUGGAUGUAUCUGGCAUAUCAUCUGAAGAGGAUAUCAUUACAAUCCUUGAUUCUGGUGCUCGAAAGGUGUUCGUCACAGCUGGACAACUCAAUGGUCUGACCAAGUUUGAGGAUCGAGUCAUACCAAUUGUUUCUGCAGAAGAUACCAAAACUGAGACCUCAUACCCAAAUGGCGUCCUUGUGUCAUCUACAGACGUACGGUCAACUCGAUCCAAGUUGCAGGCUUUGACUCAACAAAAGACAUCUCCCAUCUUCUUCACAAGUUCCCAAGACCAUGUUGAAUUAGCAAAAGUAUCUGCCGCAAUUCCAAUCAUACCUUUCAAUAGCCUUACGAUAUCCGGAGAAGGAAAGAUAUCUGUACCGGAGCUGAUCGCUUCCUCAUGGACUUCGGACAGGCCAGACGGAUUGAUCCCAACUGUGGUCACGGAUGAGAGAGGCAUUGCUCUUGGAUUGGUAUACAGCGGCCAGGAGAGCUUGGGAGAGUCAUUGAAGACUGGCACAGGAGUAUAUCAAAGUCGGAAGCGAGGACUGUGGUAUAAGGGAGCUACUUCUGGAGACACACAAGAGCUUGUCCGAGUAUCUCUAGACUGUGAUCAGGAUUGCUUGAAGUUUGUGGUUCGACAGAAGGGUCGUGGAUUCUGCCACCUACCUCAAUCGACAUGUUUUGGCGAACUACGAGGGAUUUCGAAGCUCGAGAAGACACUGAAGUCAAGAAAGGAGUCAGCACCUGAAGGCUCAUAUACUGCACGACUAGUUUCCGACGAAAAGUUAUUACGAGCUAAGAUUAUGGAAGAAGCUGAAGAAUUAUGUGAUGCCACUACUAAGGAAGACGUCGCUUUCGAGGCAGCAGAUUUGAUCUACUUUGCUCUUACAAAAGCUGUUGGCGCCGGAGUUAGCUUGUCUGAUAUCGAGAAGAGUCUUGAUAGGAAAAGUCGAAAGGUCAAGAGAAGACAAGGCGAUGCUAAAGGACAAUGGGCCGAGAAGGAAGGCAUCACUAAUGGCACAAAUGGUACUACUAAGCCAGCAGAGGUAAAGGAAGCAGUCAAGGAAGCUGCCUCUGUUCCAAAGUCUGCUGAAGACAAUGCUGGACUGAAAAAUGGCCGAAUCACAAUGAGACGCUACAAUGCGGCAUCAACGUCACCAGAAGAUCUCAACGCAGCAUUACAGCGCCCCUCGCAAAGGUCAACAGAAAUGAUCAUGGGUAUAGUUAACCCUAUCAUCAAAGCUGUACAGACCGGUGGAGACAAAGCUUUGCUAUCAUACACACACAAAUUCGAGAAAGCGACCUCACUCACUUCUCCUGUCCUUAAGGCGCCAUAUCCUCAGUCUUUGAUGAAUCUGCCUCUGGAGACGAUUGAAGCAAUCGAUGUUUCAUUCGAAAACAUUCGCAAGUUCCACGCCGCUCAAAAAGAAGAGAAGCCGCUUCAAGUCGAAACCAUGCCCGGAAUUGUUUGCAGUCGGUUUGCAAGACCAAUUGAGCGUGUUGGCUUGUACGUACCUGGCGGUACCGCUGUGCUACCAUCCACUGCUCUCAUGCUUGGCGUUCCUGCUAUGGUUGCAGGCUGCAAGACCAUCGUUCUCGCUUCUCCUCCUCGUGCUGAUGGCAGCAUUACUCCGGAGAUCGUAUACGUUGCUCACAAAGUUGGCGCAGAAUCUAUCGUCCUUGCUGGUGGUGCCCAAGCCGUUGCUGCGAUGGCAUAUGGUACUGAGUCGGUGUCUAAAGUGGACAAGAUUCUUGGACCUGGAAACCAGUUCGUCACCGCGGCAAAGAUGUACGUUAGCAACGAUACCAAUGCAGGUGUCAGCAUCGACAUGCCAGCAGGACCUUCAGAAGUACUCGUUAUUGCUGACAAGGACGCGAACCCUGCAUUCGUUGCUUCAGAUCUUCUUUCACAAGCAGAGCAUGGAGUCGACAGUCAAGUCAUUCUUAUCGCAGUUGAUCUUUCCGAGAAGGAACUAUCUGCGAUUGAGGAUGAAUUGCACAAGCAAGCUAUGGCAUUACCGCGGGUUGACAUCGUUAGAGGUGCUAUUGAGCACUCGGUCACACUCGUGGUGAAGGAUAUCAAGGAAGCCAUGGCUCUAAGCAAUGAGUAUGCUCCAGAGCACUUGAUCCUCCAAGUCAAGGACGCCGCUGGCUUGGUAUCGUUGGUGCAAAAUGCCGGCUCAGUGUUCAUUGGCGAAUGGACGCCGGAGAGUGUGGGAGAUUACUCUGCUGGUGUCAAUCAUUCUUUGCCGACGUAUGGCUAUGCCAAGCAGUACUCAGGUGUCAAUCUUGGAUCUUUCACCAAGCACAUCACCAGCUCCAACCUAACAGCUCAAGGUCUGCGCAACGUUGGCGGGGCAGUGAUGCAGCUCGCUAAGGUCGAAGAGCUCGAGGCUCACAGGCGAGCGGUGAGUAUCAGGAUACAGUACAUGGAUGAUAACAAGAUAUGAUGUCCGGUGGAUGGCAGUUGUAUAUUGAUGAGAGAAAUUAAAAAAAAUAAAAAAAGAUUGUUAGUUUUGCUCG